CCACACAGUGAUUGAGACCUUCAGUGAAGCUCCUCCUACAACAAUCCACCAAUAAAUGCUGGAGUCAAACACACAGAGAAAUCACUCCAUGUGUGACAACUGAAAUCUUCAUGACAUAAUGUUGAUGCUGGUGAAAGAGGAGCUUGAGAAGAUGACAGAUCCGCAACCAUGCAGAAUAAAGGAUGAAGAUACUGAGGAACAAAUAGAUAUGAUGGAAGUGAAAGAGGAGAGUCAAGCUGAAGUGGAUGAGAAACAUCAGAUUGUAAAAAUAAACCAUAAUGUUUCACAGAAAGAAACUCUGAAGACAGAAGACAUAAAGUGUGAAAAUAGUUUCAGUGAAGAUGAACGCCCUGCAGAUCACAAGAGGACUCACAGUGAGGAGAAACCUUUCACAUGUCAACAGUGUGGAAAGAGUUUCAGAACAAAAGAUAACCUUAGAUCACACAUGAGGACUCACAGUAAGGAGAAACCUUUCACAUGUCAACAGUGUGGAAAGAGUUUUAGAAGAAAAGGUCACCUUAAGAUACACAUGAGGAUUCACACCGGAGAGAAAAAGUUCACAUGCCAUGAGUGUAAAAAAUGUUUCAGAAUAAAAAGUAGCCUUAUAGCACACAUGAAAAUUCACAAAAGAGAGAAACCUCACAUGUGUUUUCAUUGUGGAAAGAGUUACGGUGAUAAACGUGGACUUGAGACUCACAUGAGAAUUCACACUGGAAAGAAACCUUUCAGAUGUCAUGUGUGUGGAAAGAGUUUCACCUUUCAAUCAGGCCUUUGUCGGCACAAGAAAGCUCACAUGGGGGAAAUGUUAUAUGCAUGCCAGCAUUGUGAAAAGAGUUUCCCAGAUAAAAGUCAACUUAAGAUACACACGAUGAUUCACACUGGAGAGAAACCAUUCACGUGUCAUCUGUGUGGAAAGAGUUUCAGAAUAAAAGUUAACCUUAACGUACACAUGAGGAUUCACACUGGAGAGAAACCACAUCUGUGUCAUCACUGUGAAAAGAGUUUUACAACUACAGGUAAACUUAAGAUACACAUAAGGACUCACACUGGAGAGAAACCUUACACUUGUCAACAAUGUGGAAAAAGUUUCUCUGCUGAAAGUAACCUUAAGAGGCAUGAAAGAAUUCAUACUGAAGAGAAACCGUUCACAUGCAAUGAGUGUGAAAAAUGUUUCAGAAUUAAAUGUAGCCUUAUAACACACAUGAAAAUUCACACAGGAGAGAAACAAUACGUGUGUUUUCAGUGUGGAAAGAGUUUCAGAAAUAAACAUGGACUUGAGACUCACAUGAGAAGUCACUCUGGAGAGAAACCUUAAAUAUGUCUUUAGUGUGAAAGGAGUUACACAAGUGAAGUUGCUCUUAAGAAACGCGUGACAAAUCUCACCGCAGAAAAAACGUUCACAUGUCAUCACUGUGGAAAGAGUUUUAUACAUAUUUAUUACCUCAAUAGAAAUGGAAAUAAAAUAGACUCAAAAUUAUUGACAAAUAUAUGCACAGUUAUCUGUGAACUGGAUGCAUGUUACAAAUGUAUUUUACUAUCCACGAACAAAUGUCUUAAGAUUUGAAUAUGUGAAAUUCAGAAUAUGAAUGAACGUGUAUCGAUUUGUACAAAUGUUUUAUUUUGUAUACAAAUAUCAUAAUUUGCGUGUGCAAAAAGGAAGAUGUGCAUUUGUGGAUCAGGUGACACGCGUGCAUUAAUCCCGUUCUGUUCAUUUGUAUAUUGAGACUUUCAUUUCGCUGUUUAAAGCAUUUUAUGAGCCAAAUACAAACAACUAUCAAUGAAUGAACUAAACAGAUGUCUUUGAUUUUGUUUCCGCGAAUUUUAAUAUUUACGUGAAUGUGCAUCGAUUUGUACAAACAGAGAAUAUUUGUGAAUUCAGUUUCGUAUCAUUAUUUCACAAUUUGUGCAUGCAAAAAAAAGGAUGUGCAUUUGUGGAUCAGGCGACGCGCGUGCAUUCAUCCUGUUCUGUUCAUACGAGUUUUGAGACUUUAAGGGCGUGUUGCAGGUUAAAUUUUUCAACGAAUUUGUGCAAUUUGCUUGUUGAUAAUAAACAUUUAAACUGUUAUUCCUUGUAUUUUAUGUUGUUGGGUAUCACAAAACAGAAUCUAAUACGAAAAAGUACAGCGGUUUGCAAUGAUUCUCCUUUCCCCCACAACGCACUGUAUGACGUCACGCCGGGGAGAGAAUUUACCAAAGCCGCCUUGAGAGCAUUGAGAGUGACUAUAGAGAGACGAGUAAAGUACAGUUCUGAUAGCGCAGAUGAUAGAUAGAUAGAUAGACAGACAGACAGACAGACAGACAGACAGACAGGCUAGUAUAGAGAGAUAGGCAGACAGCAUAACGUUAGCAUAACUUUGUGUAGAAAGUAAACAAACAAUUAACAUACUCGUGCGUGCUGGCUUGAGGGGGACCAUGAUCCUGCCUGAAAUGGGUGUAUGCGAUCUUCAGCACGAACGGAUUUAGGCAGCAUGUCUCAAAUCCUGGAAGCUGAGUGAGGCACGUCACAUCUGUUCGCGGGGAAAGCUUCUCGAUCGGUGACCAAAACGCACUCACUUCCAGCCAGUAGCGGAGUCUGGACUUUCCCGCUGGGUCGGUCUUAUAAUAGUUAUACAUUUCGAGUUAAGUUAUAUUAGAAAGACCGUCUGGCGGCGUGAUGUGAGGCUGGUUCCCGCAGCCCGCUGGUCAAACUGUGCAGCCUCUCUGAUCAACAAAGUAUAGAAGAGUGCUCAACCCGUUCGGCAGGUCCAACCAUGUACAGGAUUUCUAAAAAUACAGUGAUCAAUGAGCGGUUCCUCCUCAAAUGGCAUAGCCUGUCGUGAUGUAAAAAGCCGCCGAACGCCUGUUUAAAUGCAGUAUGUAUGCGGUCGGAUCCGAGUGUGCUGCAGCUGCUGCUUCUGCGUAUAAAAUGAUUGUGUGAUUCGUUAUGAUCGCAUAAACAAUAUAACAAAGCAUCCUUUUAUUUCACAAAACAAUAUAUUUUAGAUAUUAUUUGAUAAACUAGUAAGUGUGGAUUAAGAAUGUUUAAAAAUCUCUAGCCUGGUGGUCACGACAUGAAUGGAUCAAAUCAGCAGAUUUACGAAGUUUUAUUUAUCUCCACUUAUAUCAUAAAUAUUAAUUAGGAUGGUAACUUUGCAGUAUACAACAUUAUAUGUUUCCUACGAUGUAUAUAUGAUUUCCAAAUGAUUUGUUAAUAGUAUUAAAUGGCAAUAAAUGUCUCAUCUAUCUCUAUGGCUUUGGCUGAGUCUUUCUCCACUUCUCCCCAACGUGACGUCAUCGCCGAAUUGGGUAAAAAAAAAGUUAAUACCAAAAAACGUAAAAAAGUGGUCUUUAAGACAAUUUUUGAGACAUUUUAAAAAUGA